AUGAGCAAAACGACAAAACAGCUUCCGCACGAGCGGCGGAAAAACGAAGCGGCCCUCAGCGAGUUUGCCGAGUUUGUCGAGAAGCAGCAAGCACUAAGAUAUCCCUCCUCCAAGACCAACAAAGUUGCCGAUGCUAGCGCGACUGAGCACCACGAGGAGCUGGACAUACUCGACUCUCUGAACCUUGAGGACUCCGAGCCGCAGAUUCCUCUACGCGAGCUACUCCUGGCAGAUGACGAGGCGAACUUUGACAAGCUUGUCAGUGUGGUGGAGGAUAGGCUACGAGAAGGUCAUGCCGAGGCCGUGUUCGAUGUCGGAUUCGAGAAUAAUGGCGAAUCCAUGGGUCUGACGAAACCAGAGUGGGAAAAGGCCUUGGCGCGGCUGAAAACAGCAGCAAAAUCGCUGCGGGCCGAUUGUGAUGUCCUAUUGACGAAAAAUAUUGGAGGCGAGAAAGAGGCCGAGUCGGUCAUCACCGGGAAAGACAAGGACAAGGACUGCAGUGGAAAAGUGUUGAUAAGGCAAGCCCCGGCGACGACAGAAAACGUUAUUGAGACUCGGAUAGCAGUAGUCGGAAAUGUCGAUGCCGGAAAAAGUUCCAUGCUGGGUGUCCUGGUCAAGGGUGACCUUGACGAUGGACGAGGAAAGGCUCGUGUCAACUUGUUCCGUCACAAACAUGAAGUUGAGACCGGCCGUACCAGCUCAGUCGGCAUGGAAAUCAUGGGAUUCGACACGCUAGGAAACACCAUCACGUCUGACACUCCAGGCAGGAAAUUGUCUUGGGAAGAGAUUGGAAAACGAAGCGCCAAAGUCAUCACGUUCACUGAUUUGGCAGGCCAUGAGAAAUACCUGCGCACUACCGUGUUUGGUCUGCUUUCCUCCAGUCCAAACUAUUGCUUGCUCAUGGUGGCAGCCAACAAUGGGUUGAUUGGCAUGAGUAAAGAGCAUCUCGGUAUUGCUCUGGCCCUGAACGUCCCAGUAAUGGUUGUCAUUACCAAAAUCGAUAUUUGCCCGCCAAACAUUCUCGAGCAGACCAUUUCACAGAUUACCAAAAUCCUCAAAUCCCCCGGAGCCCGUAAAAUUCCCAUCUUCAUUCGAGAUCGGGAGGAGUGUAUCAACACUGCAACCCAGUUUGUCAGUCAGAGGAUAUGCCCAAUAUUUCAGGUGUCCAAUGUUACGGGUGAGAAUCUGGAUCUUGUCCGGACUUUCCUGAAUAUUCUUCCCCAUCAUGGUCGCUACGAUGCCGGGGCCGAUUUCGAGUUUGCUAUCAAUGACACGUUCUCGGUGCCGUUUGUUGGCACAGUCGUGAGUGGUAUCAUCAAGUCAGGUGUCAUACAUGCCGGGGACAAUGUUUGGAUCGGUCCCGAUAGCAACGGCAACUUUACCGCUACCAAUGUCCGCUCUAUCCAGAGGAAACGGUUGGAUGUCCCAGCUGCAUCUGCUGGCCAGUCUGCGAGUUUCGCUCUCAGAAAAGUGCGGCGGAAGGAUGUUCGAAAAGGAAUGGUCGUAUUGCCAAAAGUCGAGGGACACGCCCCUCCAAAAGUGACAAGAGAGUUUGUUGCAGAAGUCCUCAUCUUGUCCCACGCGACUACCAUCAAGACCAAGUAUCAGGCUAUGCUUCAUGUUGGCGCCGUAGCACAGACUUGUGCAAUCAUCGAUAUUGACAGGCCAUUUAUUCGGACUGGUGAUCGUGCCACCGUGGCAUUCCGCUUCACCGCACGCCCGGAAUACAUGGUAGAAGGCGAACGUGUUCUGUUCCGUGAAGGACGAACCAAAGGUCUCGGUAUCGUCAAAUCAGUGACGUAUGACCCUGCGCAUCCGCUCAUGGGCCAGGAUAGCCCGCAUAAGCCUUCAGAAGGAGACGAGAGUACGCAAAAAGCUGCAGCACAGCCAGAGGUUCAAGUUGGCGCCUAG